AUGUCCGGGGACGGCGGCAGGCACAGCGCGGAGCUGCGAGCGGAGCUCUACUUCCUCAUCGCCCGCUUUCUGGAGGACGGACCCUGCCAGCAAGCGGCUCAGGUCCUGAUCCGAGAAGUGGCGGAGAAGGAGCUGCUGCCCAAGCGCACGGACUGGACGGGCAAGGAGCAUCCGCGGAGCUACGAGAACCUGGUGAAGUAUUAUAGACACUUGGCACCUGAUCACUUGCUGCAAAUAUGCCAUCGACUAGGACCACUUCUAGAGCAGGAAAUUCCUCAGAGUGUCCCUGGAGUGCAAACCUUAUUAGGAGCUGGAAGACAGUCUUUGCUUCGCACAAAUAAAAGUUGCAAACAUGUUGUGUGGAAGGGAUCUGCUCUUGCUGCAUUACAUUGUGGAAGGCCUCCAGAGUCACCAAUAAACUAUGGCAGCCCACCUAGUAUAGCUGAAACCCUUUUUUCAAGAAAACUAAAUGGAAAAUACAGACUUGAACAACUUGUUCCAACUGCUGUGUAUCAACAUAUGAAAAUGCACAAACGAAUCCUAGGACACUUAUCUUCUGUAUACUGUGUAACUUUUGAUCGGACUGGCAGACGGAUAUUUACCGGUUCUGAUGAUUGCCUUGUAAAAAUCUGGGCAACAGAUGAUGGAAGGUUGUUGACAACUUUAAGAGGACAUGCAGCUGAAAUAUCUGACAUGGCUGUGAACUAUGAGAACACCAUGAUUGCUGCAGGGAGCUGUGAUAAAAUGAUCAGAGUUUGGUGUCUUCGAACAUGUGCACCCUUAGCAGUUUUGCAGGGUCACAGUGCAUCCAUAACAUCACUACAGUUUUCUCCAUUGUGCAGUGGAUCAAAGAGAUAUCUGUCUUCAACUGGAGCAGAUGGAACAAUAUGUUUUUGGCUGUGGGAUGCUGGCACCCUUAAAAUAAAUCAGAGGCCAACAAAGUUUAUGGAACGUCCUCGCCCUGGAGUUCAAAUGAUCUGUUCUUCUUUUAGUGCUGGUGGAAUGUUUCUAGCCACUGGAAGUACAGAUCACAUCAUUAGGGUUUAUUUCUUUGGAUCAGGUCAGCCAGAGAAGAUAUCAGAGUUGGAGUUUCAUACUGACAAAGUUGACAGCAUUCAGUUUUCUAACACUAGUAACAGGUUUGUGAGUGGAAGCCGUGAUGGGACAGCACGCAUAUGGCAAUUUAAGCGAAGGGAGUGGAAGAGUAUUUUGUUAGAUAUGGCUACUCGUCCAACAGGACAAAGUGUACAAGGAGUAGAAGACAAAAUCACAAAACUGAAAGUAACUAUGGUGGCGUGGGACCGCCAUGACAACUCUGUUAUAACUGCAGUUAAUAACAUGACUCUGAAGGUUUGGAAUUCUUUCACUGGCCAGCUUAUUCAUGUCCUUAUGGGACAUGAGGAUGAAGUGUUUGUACUUGAGCCUCACCCAUUUGAUCCUAGAGUUCUCUUCUCUGCUGGCCAUGAUGGAAAUGUCAUAGUUUGGGAUUUGGCCAGAGGGGUCAAAAUUCGAUCUUACUUCAACAUGAUUGAAGGACAAGGACAUGGAGCAGUUUUUGACUGCAAGUGCUCUCCUGAUGGCCAGCAUUUUGCAUGUACAGACUCUCACGGGCACCUUCUGAUUUUUGGCUUUGGCUCCAGUAGCAAAUAUGAUAAGAUAGCAGAUCAGAUGUUCUUUCACAGUGAUUAUCGACCUCUUAUCCGGGAUGCCAACAACUUUGUCUUAGAUGAACAGACACAGCAGGCUCCACAUCUCAUGCCUCCCCCAUUUUUGGUUGAUGUUGAUGGCAACCCUCAUCCAUCAAGAUACCAGAGAUUAGUUCCAGGUCGUGAGAACUGCAGGGAUGAGCAGCUUAUUCCACAGAUGGGGGUGACUUCCUCAGGACUGAACCAAGUACUGAGUCAACAAGCAAAUCAGGAAGUUAGUCCGUUGGACAGUAUGAUACAGAGACUUCAGCAAGAACAAGAUCAGAGACGUUCUGGGGAGGCAGGCACCAGCAAUACUAGCCGGAUAGGAAGAAGCUCUGUAAGCUCUACCUCAGAAGUACAUUCACCACCAAAUAUAGGAUUAAGGCGCAGUGGACAAAUUGAGGGUGUGCGACAGAUGCAUAGCAAUGCACCACGAAGUGAAAUAGCCACUGAGCGGGACCUCGUGGCUUGGAGUCGAAGGGUUGUGGUACCUGAACUGUCACCAGGGGUAGCCAGUAGACAGGAGGAAUGGAGAACAGCAAAGGGAGAAGAAGAAAUAAAGAUUUAUAGAUCAGAAGAGAAAAGGAAGCACAUUACAAGUCAUGUUCCAAGAGAGAACAAAAUACCUUCUUUCUCUAAGAACCAUUCUCAUGAUCAUAUAUUAGAUCCUGGAGACUCAAGAAAGCAACAGGCAAACCAGCACAAUUACCGUACCAGAUAUGCAUUGGAAGAAACUGCCAGGCCUGCUGAAGAGUUAGAAAAUGGAAACAGUUCUUCAGAUGAAGGAGAAGCAGUGGUUGCCAGUGGUGGAACAUCAGAAGAUGAAGAGAAAGCAUGGCACAGUGAUGGCAGUUCUAGUGAAUAUUCCAGUGAUUACUCGGACUGGACCGCAGAUGCAGGAAUUAAUCUGCAGCCACCAAAGAAAAUUCCUAAACUUAAAACCAAGAAAACAGAGAGCAGUUCAGAGGAUGAAGAGGGGAUUGAAAAACAGAAACAGAAGCAAAUUAAAAAGGAAAGGAAAAAAGGGAAUGAAGAUAAAGAUGGACCGACAACAUCACCAAAGAAAAGGAAACCCAAAGAGAGAAAAAAAAAGAGGUUGGCUGUAGGAGUUUUGGCAGAAAAUGGCUUGACGUUGGAAGAAUGGCUGCCUUCAGCAUGGAUUACAGAUACUAUUCCUCGUCGGUGUCCGUUUGUGCCACAAAUGGGUGAUGAGGUUUACUAUUUCCGACAAGGUCACGAAGCAUAUGUUGUAAUGGCUAAAAAGAAUAAAAUAUAUAGCAUUAAUCCAAAAAAACAGCCGUGGCAUAAAAUGGAGCUACGGGAACAAGAGCUGAUGAAAAUAGUUGGGAUUAAAUAUGAAGUGGGAUUGCCUACUCUCUGCUGUCUUAAACUUGCUUUUCUUGACCCAGAUACUGGUAAACUGACUGGAGGAUCAUUCACCAUGAAGUACCAUGAUAUGCCAGAUGUUAUAGAUUUCCUAGUCUUGCGGCAGCAGUUUGAUGAUGCAAAACAUAGACGAUGGAAUAUAGGUGAUCGUUUCAGGUCAGUAAUAGAUGAUGCCUGGUGGUUUGGAACAAUUGAAAGCCAGGAACCUCUACAGCCUGAAUAUCCUGACAGUUUAUUUCAGUGCUACAAUGUCUGCUGGGACAAUGGUGACACUGAGAAGAUGAGUCCUUGGGAUAUGGAGCUCAUACCAAAUAAUGCUGUGUUUCCUGAAGAGCUGGGAACUAGUGUUCCUUUAACUGAUGUUGAAUGCCGAACAUUGAUCUACAAACCUCUGGAUGGAGAAUGGGGUUCCAGAACCCGGGAUGAGGAAUGUGACAGAAUUAUUGCAGGGAUAAACCAGCUCAUGACUCUAGAUAUUGCUUCUGCAUUUGUGGCACCUGUGGAUCUCCAAGCUUAUCCAAUGUACUGCACUGUUGUGGCAUAUCCCACAGAUCUCAGUACCAUUAAACAAAGACUGGAAAGCAGAUUUUACAGGCGGCUUUCUUCACUUAUGUGGGAAGUUCGGUACAUAGAACAUAAUACACGCACGUUCAAUGAACCAGGAAGCCCUAUUGUUAAAUCUGCCAAAUUCGUUACAGAUCUUCUGCUACACUUCAUAAAAGACCAAGCUUGCUAUGAUAUAAUUCCAUUAUAUAAUACAAUGAAGAAGAAAGUCUUGUCUGACUCUGAUGAGGAAGAAGAGAAAGAUACAAACGUGCCAGGGACGUCCACUAGAAAAAGGAAGGAUCAUCAACCCAAGCGGAGGCUGCGCAACAGAGCACAGUCAUAUGAUGUUCAGGCAUGGAAAAGACAAUGCCAGGAGUUGUUAAAUCUUAUUUUUCAGUGUGAGGACUCGGAACCUUUUCGCCAACCAGUGGAUCUCCUAGAAUAUCCAGAUUACAGAGAUAUUAUUGACACACCGAUGGAUUUUGCUACAGUUAGAGAAACUCUGGAAGCUGGCAAUUAUGAGUCUCCAAUGGAAUUAUGUAAAGAUGUGAGACUUAUUUUCAGCAACUCUAAAGCUUACACACCAAGCAAAAGAUCAAGGAUUUACAGCAUGAGUUUGCGCCUUUCUGCUUUCUUUGAGGAACAUAUAAGUUCUGUUUUAUCAGAUUAUAAAUCUGCUCUGCGCUUUCAUAAAAGAAACACAAUGAAGAAACGAAGGAGGAAAAGAAGAAGAAGCAGUUCUGUUUCCAGUAGUGCUGCAUCAAGCCCUGAAAGGAAGAGAAGGUUAAUAAAACCUCAGUUGAAGGCAGAAACCUCUGCCGCCUCAUCAUCGUCAGUUCCUGUACGUUCAACAGCACUGAGACACAUUGCUGCUCAGAUGAAUGGAAAAGCAGCUGAAUCUUCCUCUUUGGUGCGGACUAGAAGUAAUAGGGGGAUAACAGAUACAGCUGUUACAGAGCAACCAUCCACUUCUUCAGGAGGAAAACCUUUAAUUUCAAAACCUAAUACUACUACCGUGUCAGGGAAAACAAUACUGGAGAAUUCCACCAAACAUUCCAAGAACCAGAAUAUUCUAUCAAUUCCUAGCCAAUCCAGUUACAGCCACAACACUAGGAAUAACUCUUCAAGAGAAAAUGUGGAGAAAGAUAAACAAAUCAAGCGUAAAAUGAAAUCAUCCACUAUUAAUCAGCAAGCAGAUUGCAAAAAUAAUGCUUUGGCAUCAGGAAGCAUUCAGGUAAAUGGACAUGGAGGGCAACCUUCAAAACCUCCAGUUAAAAGAGGGCCUGCACGGAAACCGAAGAUAGAGGCUAUUAGCAGUACAUGUGAAGUGGUGCACAAGAAAAGAGGUAGAAAACCAAAAAAGUUACAAAUUGCUGAACAGAUGAAUGCAGAGCAGAAUUCAGUCCAGACCACCAGGGACAUGGUAAUAGAAGAACCCUCAGUUUCUAGUGCAUGCAAUUCUCUUUCUGAAAAUAAUGUGAAGGAAGCUGUAUUACAAAAAAAAGGCCGUGGAGGCAGAAAGCCAAAAAGAAAGACACAGACACAUCAACCAGACUCAGACCUUAUAGUCCCUGCAAAUGUUAAGAUGCAGACAAGAAGCAGGAGGAAAAAAACAGAUGAGCCUGUAGAAGAAGAAGGGUCUGAGGAACUGAAAGAUUCUGAACCUCACAUGAGAACUAGAAACCAGGGUAGGAGGACAGCCUUUUACAAUGAAGAUGACUCUGAAGAAGAGCAAAGGCAGCUAUUAUUUGAAGACACCUCUUUAACUUUUGGAACGUCUAGCAGAGGCAGAGUCCGAAAGUUGACUGAAAAAGCAAAGGCUAAUUUGAUUGGUUGGUAA